AUAUUUAGACGAUGGAAUCUCAGAUCUCAAACCCUAACAACCGCAUCCAUAUGCAGCCAAAGCAAGACACACCAAAUCAUUGAAAAUCCCUCGCACACUGCUGCCAUGUUUCCUUCUCAUCAAAAUAACGAGCUUUCCUCUCAGAUUUCUUUUACUCCGUACCAAGAAAACACAAUUCCACAAGAUCUGAAGGCAAUUGAUGACCCAAGUGAGAACCAUAGCAUGGGAAAGAGCCGUCAGCGAAACCCAUGUUCUAGUCACAACAAAGAUGAGAAUACUGACGAGAUUAGUGCCAAAAGGAAUGUACAUAGAGAUAUUGAGAAACGAAGAAGGCAAGAGAUGACCACCCUUUACACUUCGCUUAGAAAUCUACUACCUCUUGAAUACAUCAAGGGAAAGCGUGCCAUGUCAGAUCACAUCCAUGAAGCUGUGAAAUAUAUAAACGACCUGCAAAAGAAAAUUAAAGAACUUAGUUUCCUGAGAGAUGAGAUGAAAAAACUAUCCAAGUUGAGGGUUCUUGAGCCCGAGGGUGAUAGGUUGAAUGGCUUUGCACCAACUUCUGUAAUGGUACGCCCAUGUUUUGUUGGGGUUGAGGUCGUUAUCAAUAGUGGGUUUGGGAAUCAAAGUUUGCACCUUUCAAGAGCAUUGGAAUUGCUACUUGAAGAAGGGCUAGAUGUUGUUAAUUGCAUUUCCACCAAAGUGAAUCAAAGAGUUAUCCAUACCAUUCAAUUUGAGGUCAGCUACAUGACAUGCAUUGAUAUGUCUGAGCUGCAAAACAAACUAAUUCGAGCAAUUCCUUCAACGGGUGCUGAAAAUUCCUAGUAAUUAACAAUGUACCUAUGGUCUUUAAGAAUUAAAUCCUCCAGCAAAGAGGGUAUCAUCUGAUUUCACGAAAACUUGAGGUUGGUUCAGUUCAUUUCUGUAUGAUAUAAAAUAUUAAACCCAGUUGUUUGUUUGUGAGAUACUCGUUAGCAGAAUUUUGACAAUAAGAUAUUAGAUUACAGCAUCUUCAGAAUCAGAAAGUGGAAAUGAUGCCGCCAUAUUGUUGCGUGAGCAAGAGGGGUGAUUCUGCUGUGCAUGGUUCCAUACGUUUCCUCAUCCUCUUGUAAUAUGCAUAAUGAGUUGAGUAUAAACUCACUCAACUGAUAUGGAUUUACCAAGUUAUAAGAGAAAUUAAACAUAUACAUCAGUGCAAAAACAUAUGCAAGUCAUCAUAAUCAUUUGCUGUUUACAUGAGAAAUUAACGAUAUAUCAAUUCAUGAUUGAAGAAUCAAUGGCAUGGGAGACUGUAGGAUAAAACUUUAUGUAGACCAUUUUAUUUUACUAGUUGUAGAAUGGUUCCUAUGAAAUAUUUUCAGGGAAAUGCCACCCAUAUAGAUGUGAGAUUCAUUCCCUGUAACCUAUGGA